AACCAGCUAAGAACUCAACUACACCAACAUAACAGUAAGCGCAUAUAUUCACCACCAAGCGAGUGCAAGCUUUGCUUAGCCAAUACACAAACCGCCGCUGAAAGCGCAACAAACCAAGCAUUAAAUGCACCAAACUCACCACAGCGGCGUACCAGCGCACAAAUACUCAACAUUCAUUCAGCAAUAAGCAACACCGCACAUAAUCGAGCAAGGCAUACAACACGAACUAAAUACACCACACCUCAACAUGGCGACGACUAACGCAAGCACAUCGAUAACGACGACACCAACAACGGAUGACGACUAUGUGACCGUUGUUGAAGUAGACGAUCCCGCAUCCAAAGACACAAACCGCAGGCAGCUAGUCAAGCAAAGACAAAGCUCAGUCGAAGAAGACUCUUCGUAUAUAACUGUACUAACGAUCAACAAUCAAACACAAUUGCACAACACUAACAGUGGUGGCUGCGAGCAAAGUGACGGCAGUGUAGAAGCAAAUGCGCACAAUGGCAACACAAAUGGUUUGCUGCACGCCGCAGAGGCGGAAGCAGAUACUGAACUGUUAAUAGUGCACCGGCAGCCAGGUGAACGUCUGGGUUUCGGUCUUAAGUUUCAAGGCGGCACACGUAGCGCCGAAAAGGUGCACAAACUCUACAUACAGUCUUGCGCUGCCGACAGUCCGGCCUCGAAAGUGCACGCCAGUUGGGGCGCAUUGCGCGAGGGCGAUGAAAUCGUCAGCAUCGAUGAGCAACGCGUCUGUGAGCUGACGCGUAUUGAAUGCGUGCGCUGUUUGAAAGAUAAUGUCGCAAUACGUUUGCAGGUGCGCAACGGUUAUGGACGCAAGCCAGAGACGGAGGAAGAGCUGUUGUUGGCGGGCGCCAAUACUAUGGAGGCAAUGACGGGCAGCGCGCCGGGUGCGCGUGUGCUGAGCAAUGAUGCAAGCGGCACAGCUGUGAUUAUGAGCAAUGGGCCAAUGAAGGGCAGUCCGCCGCCACCACCGCCCGUGCCGCCGCGUAAGCUCGUGAAGCGCAAGUCUUUAAAUGGCGAAAGUAAAGUUGUGGUGCCUGCGGCGGCGGCUACCAACAGCGCUGGUGCCGCGCCAGCAAUUACACUAACAGCGGCGAACGCGUCACAUGGCGGCGAGGUGGAUAAACCUUUUACACCGCCGCCGGAUGCUGAGUAUUACAUAAAUCUGUUUGCCGACGGGCAAUCGCUGAAGACAGAGUCGGAAUCGGAUGACACUGCAAGCACAAUUUCGACAGUGAUUGAUAAAUUCUCCAUGAGCUCCAACUAUUCGUCCGAAUCGGAUCUGUCCAGCUACACAUCGCUGACAAAUGGCCAGAGUGUGAUUAAUAAAUCAGAGUUGGCAAAGGUGCUCAAGCCGUUCACAAUGUUGGAACAAGAAUUCAAUGUGAAUGUGAAUGGCAAUGCGGCAGUGCAGCUGGAUGAGUGCCUUAAGAAAGUCGCCGAUUCGCCAUCGCCAACAAUGGGGGAUGUAAUGCCAGAUUUGUUGGCUAGCACAAUGUCAGCGGCGCAUGCGAAGAAACCGUUAACAUUUAUACCAGGCAACAACUACGAGAAUGUGGAGUUUAAGACCGAGAAGGUGAACACCUAUGAGAAUGUAGAGCUAAAACCACAGUCAACAGGUGCGCCAAAUGUGGUGCUCCCAACACCUAAACCACGUCAAGCUGUAGCUGGCACAAACGGCUCGCCGACAGUUGAGCCGAAGAAACGUUCAAUUAUACCCACACCACGUAAAAUUGCCACACCCACCAAGUUACCCAUACAAGUAGCGCCGCCGACAGUACCUAGUGAGGCGUUACAAGUUAGGUCAACACCUAAAGCGGCCAAUACUCCCAAGACGCCUGUAACCCCUACCACACUCAGCACACCCACAACGCCGACGCACUAUCCGCAAGCGCCUGCAAAUACGCCAACCACGCCCACCCCUCACGAGAACACACAAAGCGCUAAGGAGUUUAUUACGAAAAUACCGAAAGCUAUAGCUUCGGUGUUUGGUCCGAACUCACAGCGUUCCUUCGAGCGCGCAAAGACUGAGGGCGAAAUCAAGCUUAAACAAAAUCCUGAGCUUGUGGAAACUAUUAAACAACAGACCGCUAUGUUCUUGGAUAAAGAAUGUCACAGUUCUACGGAGAGCGUGGCAAGCGCCAUACGCAAACUUCCGGCAGAUAAAGCAAAACCUGCUGAAACUAGUAAAUUAUCGCCACACAAAUCGCGCAUUCCGGUCGUGCUCUCGCCGAAACGUUCGCUCGAGUUGGACAGCUCCAUGGAACGUAAGCACCUUGGCAGUCCUUCUAAUAUACCACGUUUCUUAACGCACAAACAAAAAUCCGAAACCGAUCUGAAACUCGGACUCUAUCGCAGCAAGUCUAAGGAGUCCAGCCCGCCGGUGAGUUUGAAAAUGCCGUUGCAACGCACGAAUUCAGCCGAAUCGAAACUGAAGAGUCCCGAACGUACACUCAUACCCGUCUUUAGCGGACAAUCGACAUCCGCAGAGGCAAUACUAGCGUCUACUGCGACAACCACACCCACAAAAGUCAAAGGUCCGAAACCUAAACCACCAGAGCGUGUGCAAUCAUUGACCAAAACGCCGACGCAUAUACCGAAAUUGCAAACCACUCAGAGCGCUAAUGGUACGGUUACAGUAACACUUGGCGACCGCAGCUUGCAAACACCAUCACCUUCAACAUCGCCAGCGCCCGGUAAUACGCCGACAAUGCACACCUUCAAACAGCAAUCACCACCAGCAAGUGUCUCACCGAAUCGUGAAAUCCGCUUCAAAAUACAAACAUACGAGAGCAAAGCUCAAGAACCACGUAUACCGUUUACGGAUGUUAACGACAAUGAAGACGAAAAAAUGCCCAGUCUCUUCGAUCUGGUACGCAAGCACAGUCCAAAUGCUCAACGCAAAGAUGAUGGUCCCGCAUUGAACACGACUUUGUCCACUUUUAAGGCACCGUCUAAUUUUGAUCAUGAGCAGCAUUUGGAGAGUAAUGUCGAUGAUGAGGAUCCGCCGCCAGCUGUGGUGGGCAAAUGCAUUAAGGUAAAUGACUCGCAACCCACUUAUUACUCCAGUUCGAGUGAAGAUGAUGAGGAGGAGUGUAGUGCUGUCGAUAAUGAUGCUGAGCGCGAUUAUGACUGUGAAGAUGGUGAAAAAUUGGGACCGCCGGAAGUGAUAAACGGACCAGGACCAUCCGAAGCUUACUUCAAUCUUUACUGGCAUUCAAAUAUGUUGCCAACCAUUGGUGAGGUGGAAGAGGAGUUCUCGUCGCUGGAGCCGCAGUCUUUGCCGAAUGGACCGAUCGUAAUUGUGGAUGAUUUGAGCCAACAGCAGCAGUACAAGCAGUCUGCAAAUCACAUUGAAGUCGAUAAGGUCAACGAGCAGCAACGGAACGCUGAAAGUAAGGAGAAGAAAGACACGAAAGCCUUGAAGGAGACAAAGGAAGCUGAAAGUAACGAAAAGAAAGACAGAAAGGAGACAAAGGAUUCAAGUGGUAGAAAAAUUACAAAAGAGACAGACGUCGCUCAGCCGAAACAAAGCUUAGAACGAGUUGAUGAACUUACAAAGACCGUGGUCGAGUUCGAAAAAUUGAAGACGCGCGAACCCGCUGCAAACGAGACCAUAGGCGCUAUUGGCGCCACAGACCAACCAGCAAAGACGGAUAAGGAAGGCUUGCACGAGCUUAAGAGCCACGUGCCAGUAACAAAUAAAUCGCGAAAUUCGCAAUUUUUGGGCACACCUGUAACACCACCAACAGUACCAGAAAUGGAGAAAGCUACAACAAAGUUAGAACACACAAGCGAAGGUGAUAAGGUGUCCGAGGCGGACGCAACGCUGCCGACAAGCGAAGUUCUUGGUGAAAAGAUAGUGACAGUGAAAGAGAAUGCAACUGAAAUGAAUGAACCGAUAAAAGCAACAACAACAACAACAGAAAAUAUACAACAAGUGAAACAAAGUGAUAAGAUAAGUGACAUUACGACCGCAGCAGUGUCGGACCGUAAUUACCAAAUGAGUGAGGGUGAAGUGAGCGCGGCAUUUAUUAGGGCCGAACAAAAUGAUAUGCAAAAUGCCAAGGCUAAUGAGCCAAAUACUGUUGACAAUACUGAAGCAGUGAUAACGGCUAAUCAGGUGUCGAACAAAGUGCCGCCAGCAACGGCUGAAGUGCAACUAGGCGUAGAACUAGUAAGUGAGACAGACACAAAGCCCACAAUGGAGGCCGUACAGAUGGUGGAUACUAAUGCAGCAGUAAACGAAAGUUUGAAGCAAACUAAAAUGCUGGAGUCGAAUGAAGUAUUACCUGCCGAAACACAUGCGGUCAAUGAGUCCAAAGUCGAAACGGCCGAGACUACAACUACGACCAGCAGUAGCUCGAAUAGCACGAAUCAGACCAGUGAGACGCAUACCGAGCAUAAGUCAGAAGAGCGUGUGGAACAAAAGUCGGAGGUAAAGUCUGAGACCAAAACAUCGGAGACUAAAUCUGAGACGCGCCAAUCUACACAAAAGGUAGCGCAUACUAAGACAACGACUACAACGAAGAAGCAGGUAAUUAAGUCCACCACAUCGACUUCACAACUGCAUGAGAGCUCUAGUGUGGAUACAUUAGACGGACUGUCUGAUGAAAUGCGUAAGCUGCUGGAAUCCGGUGGUGGCAAAAUCACGACCGUGAUGAGCAACACAACACCACUGUCACCAACAUACAACAAUCAUUUGACGGAACAAUUCAACAAACCCAUUGCCUUUACGCUACAACCGUACGCCGAGCGUGCUAGCGGCGCCAGUACGCCACGCAUAACUGUCUUCGAGGAGCGACAAUUCGAGAGCAAACAAAAUGCCUACACUGAGAUACGUACACGCGAUGCCACCGGCGAGGAGAAGGUACAAACCAGCACAGAGUCGCACAAGGAGCGCGCCAAACUGAAGAAGGUACACAGUCACGACAACGAAUUGGAUCAGCUCGGCAUUGUGAUCGAUGCUGAUGGUGUGGCAGCCGACAAAUGUCAGCCGAUGACGAUCACCGCGUCUGCGGAGACACGUAUAUCGGAGUUAGCCGAGAAUCCACAAGAUAAGCAAAGUAUUGAAAGGGGUAUUUUGAAUUUAUCGGAGAGUGGUAAGCAAUUGCAACGCAACGAAGCGGGCGCUGUGGAGUAUAUGGAGUGUGAGCAUCAAGUGCAGGACUCAUAUGAAGAUGUCGAACAAGUUUUGGGUGGUGAGAGCGUCGAAGGGACCACUAAAAGGCCGACACUCUUACGUGAGUUAAGUGAAACCUUGACUGUGACUAAGGAUGGUGAGAAGCAAGUGACACGUCGCAGUGAAACCACGAAAGAGACGCCAAAGAAGGGCGCUAAACUGCUAAAGAAGUCCGAUGAUGAGCGGCGCUUGGAGUUGGAGGCGCAAAAGUUGAUUGAAAGCUAUCAGAAGGUGAAGAAAGAAGCUGAAAAACUGUUUCAGCAUGAGUUGUGUGAGGACGAAGGCUUCGAUUUUGGUGACGAUAAGCUAAGAAAGACUGAAGAAAGUGUUACACAACAAGUUGAAACCGUAAAAGAAAGUGUUGAAUGUGAUAAACAAGUUACUAACACAAGCGAAGAGAAGCAGGAAAUUAAGGUGGACGAUAUGAAGUUGUUGCAGCCCGAAGUAGAAGUGAGUGUUAAGGAAGACUCCACGCUGGCAGCUACAGAAACAGUAAAUAGCAAUGAAGCAGACGUUAUUAAAACUGCCGUUAUCCAGAACGAACAGCCAGACAUCAAACAAGAAACUACGAGCCUCAGUGAGCAGCUUGAUGCUAAACCAAAAAAUUUGGAUGUUACGAAACUGACCGCUGGAUUUUUAACUGAAGAGCGAAAUUUCAUGAUUCAAGAAAAGGUACACAUGGAUAUGAAGACACCAGUUGAGAAAAAGAAAACAGCAGCGAAAAACAAAAAGGCGACGAUUCCCACACCAGCCGAACCCACCAGCGUAUCGCCAGACUUGCUAGACAAUGAACCAAUUUAUGUGCUGCAUAAAAAUAUUAUCGAGGCACCGCUAGUGCCAAUGUUGACUGCUGAAUCAAAUAUCGAGCCUGCGCUGCCCAACUCCAAGGAAGUCAUAGAAAUCCAAGAAGUUAUAACGCCAACUCCAACGGAAGUCGUGCUACCACAAAAAAUAACACAGUUCGAAACAGUGGACAUCAAGAUUAGUCUGCCAACGUCAGCCAAGAAAGCCAAACCUAACGUAGAGGUCAACACAACCAAUGCAACCAAAUCAGCGACGACGCCACCCAUACCGCAGAAGCGUGAACAUAAAUCCACAGAGAGUACGAACAGUAACAAGGUAUCCACACCUGCGACCACCAACACACCCACGCCGACACCCAAAAAACGUGGCUCAAUCGAACUGCACAGCAGUACUACUGCCGUCGGAGACCACACAACGAGCGCGUCCAAACUGCAAACAACUAAAUUAGAAAUCCCAAUUAACAAACAGAAACUCGAACAAAACCCCAACACCGCCGCAGCUCCACAACCGAAGCUCGAGCGCAUUAUCGUUGGCGUAGAACAGCAGCAAUUUGACGAUACCAACAACAACAGCAGCAAACAACCGGCAAUCAUUAACCUCGCUAGCGAAGAUUUGCCAACGGAAAUGGCGGUCAAUACACCGAAACAAGUUGUCGCCGAUGUGUUGAGCAGCAGCAGCGGCGGUGCGAUCGCUUCGGAGCUGCAUUUGGAGACUAUUAAUUUGCCAAAUGAGCCACAAAAUACGUCCAACGUGUCGGCAGAGAAAUUAAGGAAAACAGAACGUGUUGGCGAUGGCAUGCAAAUGACAAAUACAACUACACCAACAACAGCGUCUGCGACAUUUGUGUCAACAUCAUCUUCGGCAGAUUCGGUGCAAAGUGUCAUCGAAGUAGGUGGCAUUGUGGAAUCACCAUCGGAGGAUGAGGUCACGCCAGGUAUUACGCGGGAUACAAGUGAAGAAGAUCUUGACCAAACACACUUGAGUAGCAAAAACAAAAUGGAGAACGGCAUACAGGUGGUGCCGCAAACACCGUUACUCGUCAGCGAUUACCUAACACUCAGCGCACCACCCACAUACUCCCGCCUGCCACCCGACGGCCAUGAGUUUCCGCCCAAUUUCAGCGAACCGCUCAUAAUGCCCCCGCCAAGCACGAACCUGUUGAAGGCCGCCAGCCUAAUGCAGUCCACCACCACCACAAUGACAAUGUCCAGCACAAAGGGCAGCGCCAACAAUAACAACAACACAAACACAAUUUACACAGAGAAGCUGUAUACAGCAGCCAGCGCCAACGGUGGACAAACAAUGGUCGCCAGCACACGCACAACACACACACACAUUAGCAAGAAUGUUGCGAAUGGUGCCACAGCCGCUGGUGCAACGGUGACGGCAGCGACGGCUACAUUGACAACACAAUCGGCCUCACCGAAUGGCACUUUGAAGAUAAAUAGCACAAAAGUGGAAAUGCCCACGCUGGAGUUCACAGUCAGCAGCAGCGGUAGUAAAGUGCCCGCCAGCACAGACACAGUCAGCGCACCGCCGCCGUUACCGAAAUCGGGACCGCCACCGACGGUGCCACGCAAGGUGUACCGGCAGGAUUUGGUGGUGAAUGUGGAGGACAGCCGUCAGCCGACAGAUAAGCGCAGCGAUGUGCUCGCCGAAGCCACCACGCCGUCGGGUGCCGGCAAUGCUAAAUUGGUAUUCGAGUCGAGACACAGCCGUUCCACGCAGAAUCUUACGUCGAGCGGUGGUAGCACGCCAACAGCCAACAAAUUGGAACCGCCCACAUUUGAGUUGGGCGGCAGUGCAAACGACUACAAACGUUCGUUGAGCGCGCCACGUCGCCACGGCGAUUGGCGUAAGGAUGAGAAGUCGGAGAAAAGCGUACGUGACAAGAUCGCUAUGUUCUCUAAUGACGCGGAGGGUAGUGGCGCUGACACGCCAGUAAAACCUUUGAGCUUUUCACGCACACAAAGCGCUACGAAACCGCUCAAUUUAAGCACGGAGAAUUUGCUCGAUACAGCGACUAGCGCGCGCUAUGCCAACACAGCCUCUAAUCUGACGAAAACGCGUGCGAUGAGCGUAGAGAAUCUGAAUGAUGUAGCACGUCAGGUACAGUUAGCCAAACAAUUGCCCACACAAACCUUUUCGGACUCAAUGUAUGCGCUAAAUACAUUAGCCACCGACUAUACACAGAGUUAUGCGUCAUUGCCGCGUCGCCAUAUGCAACAUUUAGAGCGACGCAUCAGCUUUUCGGGUCAGCCAACCUACAUGCCGGACGAGGCAUCACGUAAGGCUGCCAUAACAAAUAUAUUGGAACAACGGCGCCGCAGCAUGUCCAAGCUACGCGGUUUGGUUAUACCAGAACGCCCACAUGUGCCUUUGGAGCCCAUACUAGAUCUGCCCGAGAUUAAAAGUCGUGAUAGUGAGAAGUUAAAAUCCGGCAACACGUCGUCCACAGAUUCUACGGAUAGCGGUGUUGGUUCGAGCAGCGGUUACUUCUCGACAGUGCCACGUCCCGCCAAACGCACAGAGCUAAUACAAAACUCACCGCUUCGUCCACUUACGGUGGCCACCACAAGCAAUACCGCCAACAUUGCCGCAAAUAACGGUUAUCGUAGCAUUUUCGGCACACAAACCGCUUCGCCACGUCACGCCACAACAGUGCAAUCGCCCUUAGCUAUGCCACAUCAGCCACGGCGCUUCGAGUCAGCGUUACAGGGCACACCGCCAGCCAAGCCGCCGCGCACCUCUCUCAGCGUGCCACCACGUCAGCAUGCCAUGCAUGAAGAAAGCGAUUCCGAUUCGGUUUUCUCUUCAAAGGUUUCCUCACCACCCAUGUCGCCGUGUGUGCCACAGGUGCCAGAGAAGUUUGCGCUCACACGCACACUCUCCUCGGAGACUAACACUUCCAUAGCCAGCUCAACUACUUCUACGCUCACAUCCGGCUCGGGUUCGCAGGCGAGCUGUUCCUCAGUGGGUAGCACACCGACAGUUGAUCUGUCGCGUCGUGUACUGAAGUCUGGCUCCAGUGAUUCGGCAACGAAUCGUAAGAAUAUACUUGCUUCGGCGAAAUGUCGCAAUGGACGCGGUGACGCCUCAGCGCUACUACGUAAUCGUCCCUACGAUGAUGAGGACAGCACCGAUGGUUAUGAUGAGGACGAAGUCCGACGUGUGCACAAAUCGAAACCGCGUUCCACAUCGGGUGCUUCACUGGUGAUAAUGCCCAAUAAGUUGGUGUCAGCGUCGGCACCCAUCAACUAUAAAUUGGUUUCGAAAAAUGACCAAAGUCUCGUCGAUAAGGUCAUCAACGUAGCCGCCUAUGUUGAGGUCACUUCAGAUACAGAUGACAGUAGCCGUAAAUCGGAUAGUACCUCGCCAUUGAAACUCAGUGCCAUGUUAAUCGAUGAAGAGCGUAAAGCCAGCUUCAAGGCCGAUCCCAGUCAAAAGGCCAGCACACCACCGAAAGUGGCAUCCAAACCCAAACCGGUUGCUAUACUGCCAGCAGUGACCGCAGUACCCGUACAACCUGUCACACCACGCAAAGCAACUGAAGUUGUGACGCCACCGAAGAAGUCACAGCCCGAAGCUAGCAAUGAGCUGACACAAUGGAUGCAAGUUGAGGUUGCUAAAAAGGCUACGCAACAGUUCACCGGUAGGAAUAUCACCGAACGCAUGCCACUCAAGCCAGUGCUUGAGAAAUAUGAAUCCUCGGUGACAAGCACUAAAACUUACAGCAGCAAAACAGCCACAACAGCAAAGGUAACCACGGCCGAGAUACGUGAAAAGUUCGAACGUACAGCUGCUGCAGAGCGUGCAGCCGCCGCUGCUGCAAAUGUCACAUCGAACGUCUCGCCAGCUGUCUCCACAAAUAGUCUGCUUGCUACUAAAGUCUUGAGCGGCAAAGCUGGUGCUAACUACCACGAACGUUUCCCCUCCCUUGAUUCCAUAGCCUCAUCAUCGUCUGGCGUGAGCUCGAGCACACAGAAUGUGUCCACACAAGAGAAUACCAACGAAUUCGGCAGCUUUUCGUCGCUUGGCAGCAAUCAGAGCUUGAUUACUGCACAAGAUAUACAACAGAUCAUUGAGGAGGCGGAACCGCCACUCAAAACACCGGAAGCUUUCAUAGUGGUGCUACAACGUGAUACGCCCGAGAGUAGUAUUGGCAUCACGCUAGCCGGUGGCUCCGACUACGAAGCCAAGGAGAUUACGAUACAUAAGAUUUUAAACAACACACCAGCCGCCAAGGAUGGACGUCUGAAGAAGGGCGAUCGCAUAUUGGCUGUCAAUGGCAUGAGCAUGCGUGGCCUAACGCAUCGCGAGUCCAUCACUGUGCUGAAGACUCCACGUCCCGAAGUGGUGCUCGUCGUCACACGUUCCGAGUCGGUCAUUGUCAAACCGCUCACCAAGAAACGCUCCUCACUCGGCUCGCUCACUUCGUUGAAUGAGAAACCCACCGAAGUGGAUUACGAGAAGAAGCGUAACUAUCAUAAGGCAUCGCGUUCGCUCGACUUGGAUUUAGAUAUUGUCUCGGCAAGCGAAGAUGCUGGCGCAUCGAAGACACCCAGCACAGUAUCGAGCACAAGUCCUACGCCGACCACGACUGACACCACUGCCGCCACGUUGGCUAGCAUACGUACGCGUCGCCAGCAAUCGCGUGCCGAUGCGAGUAAAUUGAGCACCAGUGAGCUGCUGGAGCGUGCCGCCGAGACGCGUAACGCCAUUGCUGCGGAAAUUCGUGCACAAGAAGAUGCCGCCACCGGCUCACGCUCCGUGGAAAUCGUUAAGGACAGCUGCGGACUGGGUUUCUCCAUUGAGGGUGGCUUCGAUUCGCCGUUAGGCAAUAAACCAUUGAUUGUCAAGAAAGUCUUUAUGGGCGGUGCUGCCCACAAAACCGGCCAAGUACGCAAUGGCGAUGAGAUCUUGAGCAUUAAUGGUGCGUCCACAGCGAAAAUGACGCGUGUCGACGCUUGGAACUACAUGAAGCAGCUGCCCAUGGGUCCAGUUAAGAUUGUGUUCGCUUGAACGUAUUAAAAGCGUGUGAAGAACUAUAGUUUAAAAUUGUUAAAAAAAAAUGUUGUGAAAGCUGCAACGACUUGUAAUUAGUAUAUAUGUGUGUAUGCACGUUUGAACAGCGUUAAACUUAUUUUAACUUGUGUUGAAACAAAAACAAAAACGUUAUUUAAUACAUUAGUUUUAAGUUUUGCUUUAUUGGACUUGAUUUGUGUCUGAAAUUUGUGCGACUUAUUGAUUUUUGAUGAUUUAUUUUAAUUCCUAUAAUAUACAUAUAUAUUUUACUAGGAUGGUUUCGUAUGUCUAAGCAAUGAUAAUGUAGCAUUGUUGUUAAUUCUGCUAUAACAGUACUUGCAAUACAUAUAUGUAUCUACCAAACACAUGUAUGUGAGUAUUUUUUGAUAAAUGGCUUAUAGAAGUUUUCUGGAAAUUUGUUGUUAUUCUAGUUGUAUUUUCAAAAACAAAAAAGUUGAGCCGCAAAAACAAAAGCAAAUGCAUGUAAGUUAAGCCACUGGAAAGAUUAUGAAUAUGAUUUUGAUAUUUAUGUAUAAAGACGCGCAGAAGAUUUGAUUUUAGAUAUUUUGCAUCUUGCCAUUUGCAACGCCGAGCAAGAUACAUAUAGUGUAUGCCUGCACAAUCGGUGUAAAUUUGAAAAUGCAAACUGAAUAUUUUAUUGAUUUUUAAA